AUGAGUGGUACAGACUUCUAUGGAGAAGUGGUGAAUGCAAGCCCAAAGUCAACUUCUAGAUUUCUUUCUAUGUUAGUGCUAAAUGCUGGAUAUUUGGCAGAUGCCGAAUGGCAUGUCAUUGUUCUGAGAUUAGAGAAAAACAAUAUCACAGUGACCGUAGAUCAGGUGUUAACGUACAUUGAAGAGCCAGGAUUGACCACAGAGUUCGGCUAUGACAAUGUGAAGCUAUUUAUAGGAGGUAUCACAGAAAAGGAAAAUGAUUUAGCAAAGAAAAUAUUCCCGAACAAUUUCAAGGGCUGCAUAGACCAAAUCGCAACAGAGGAGCAGUCUUUUAUCACCAAUUACACCGGAGUGUACAGCGAAAAUAUCAAGUCGUGCCAAUUGUUCCCUUGAACACCAACUUUAUAAAAGUUUUUCUAUAUUAAUAGUAUGUAGUGUUGCCUUUUUAAUACUAAUAGUACAAAAUUUUUUCUAGUCUUUAUAUUAUAGAAUCAAAAUUGUGUGUUUUCGAUCAAAUGAUGUUGUAUAUUUUAUUAAGUUAUUAUAAGUGCCUAUGAUAAUUGUGUCCU